AUGGAGAGGAGUCAGGGUGGAUCUCCAUGGAAACACCGUCCCAAAGGAAGAGGCCCUCACCUGUACCCAUCCGCAGAGGGAGGUAGGAUCAGAAGGAACAGCAGAAGAAGUAAAGAGAAAGUAAAGACAGGAGGAUGGGCUUUGACCUGGAGCGCUUUGUGGGCUAUCGCGUGCAUCAGCAGCUGGCUGGUGCAUCACAGCUCCUGCCCUGAAGACAGACUACCGCUGGAGUCCGGGAGCCUCAAGCCUCUCUACAGGUACAUGCGUAAUGACCUCAACCGGCUGCAGAUCCGCUGUGUGAACGCAGACCAGGGCUGUGAAGUGGUCUGCUCCCUGGAGAACAUACACCCUCACCAAGACCUGUGCGACUUUGCCUUCAUCUCCUGUCCCAACACAGGAUGCCCAGUGCAGGUGGAGAGGAGGGGGCUGGAGGCUCAUCUGGCAGAGUGCAGUUUCCGGAGUCGGUCUUGUCCAAACGGCUGUGGCCACACGCUGCUGUCCGCCGAGCAGCCCCAGCACAACUGUGUCGCAGACUUGCGCACCGAGGUGGAAAUGCUCAGAGCGGAGAUGUUGUGCAAAGUGGAAGAGGUGAGAAGGGAGAUGGAGUCUCGUCUGGACUCACAGAGGAGGCACAUGGUUCAGAAAGAAUCACAGCUGAAGAACGAAGUGGAAGAGCUCAAGGGCCAGUUGUCCCGGGUGAUGGGUGAUGUCCGUGCUCUAUUGGGGGCAGAGCGUCUGAGGCGGCAGGAGCUGGCAGAGGUCGAGUUGGAGAAGAGGGAACUCCUAGAACUCCUCCGGGACCUUCCGCACAGAACAGCCCUCACUGAAGGAGCCUCAUCCAGAGAGCAGAGGGACCAGCGGCUGGAGCCUGCCCAGUCAUCUGAAUGGGCCCUGCUCACCGAGGCCCGUCUGCAGCAGAGAGAAGCCUCCAGCCUGAGCGCUCCAGGGGCCCCUCUCUCCCCUCAGUCCUCUGUCCACAGGGGGAGCACCCGCAGUCUCACUCUGGACUGCAUCAAGAAGAAGACCCGCGAGGUCACAGUCAUCUGA